UCCGGGGGGGUGCGGGACCUGCAGGACCUGCUCUGCUUACUUCGUAUAAUACCCUCCCCGACCCGUCCGGCUUUGGACUUGCUCAGCCUUGGAUCUUCACAUCACCAACACAGCCAUGAAUACUAUCUGGCCCAACUCCAACCGACAACAGUCGACUACCAACUACACCCAAUAACAAGCAAUCUACCUUAAAAAGUCUAUACAUCCCGCGUGAUGUUGUGUGGCAUCCAACCUACCCCAACCCAUCACCACCACCACAGCCUCCUCCGUAGCUUCCGGAGCCACAGGAGUCACAAGCAACGCAAGGACAGCACAGCAGACUCUCUCAGCAGUCAGGAAGAGAUGCAUCACCACCACAGGCACGUCCCGAGCGACGCCAGCUCGCAGUCUCGGCCCUCGCUCGACUCAACGAGCUCCCGCCGGACAGACCUCUCCAUCGACUGGGAUCCCCUCCGGCUGCACCCAUCACUCAGCUCGGGCCCGUCUCCGCCGCUCCAGGACGCCUUUAGCGAUAGCACCUCCAGACGGUACCAGCCGCAUGAGCUGCGGCAUGCCCGCUCCAGCCAGGGCCUCCGUCGGCCGUCAACGUCCCACCACCAACCCACCCAGAGCACCGUCAUCUACGACGGGUUCGACUUUGGCUUCAACAACAACCCAACCCGGGUCAUGACCAAGGCCGCCGCCGCCAGCAACAUGAUGAGGAGAGCGCCCUCCCCUACGCCCAGCGACGCCAGCAGCGAGAGCAGCUUUAGCCUCGGCGAGCCCUCGGACGAGGAGAUGGGUCUGGGUCUCGGUCUCUCCCCUGCACCCGCGCUCAGGUCCCGGCCCCGCCCCCGGCCGUGCUACGACGACGGGGCCGACGAGGCAGAGUCUUUUAUCCGGCGUGGCGGGUGGAAGCGGCGGGGUAUUGUUUUCGUCAACUCGGGCUCGCCGCUGGCUGGAGAGGACGAGACUUUUGAGAUUUGAUCUGGCGCCGUUUUACUCUUCUCUUCUUUCUUCUUUACUUUAUCUUGUUUAAUGGGUUGGCGGUGGUGAGCGUUGCAUUGCAUGGACUAGCAUGGGCCGGUAUUGGGAUUUCCUACGAGAUACCUCUUGGGUUUACUGGCAGGACAGAUCCCGCAUUACGGAUGGGUUCGGGACUUUGGGUGGGCCUGGAUUUGGACUUGAACGUACAACGGACGGUGUACGCAUUCCCUUUGUUUCUGGCAUUU